AUGCGGAAAAACAAUUACUUUUGCCAAUCAACAAUCACCUCAUCAGUCGAAACAGUUACAGCAUCGCUUGGCUUCGCACCAGGUGAUGCUGUAAUUGUUUUGAUUAGAGGUCGUUAUUUGGCCGGAAUUGUUGAGGAUGUUGCUGAGGAUUUGAUAACUUAUUUUCACCCAAGCCGGAAGGCAAGGGAAAGUUUUUCAAUUUCCCAGCAAUAUGUUCAAAAGUUCCAACCACAAAUUGUGAAUGGGCAAGUCAAAUUGUUAAAGAAGAUAACUGAUAAAAAGAAGUUUAAGGCUGCCAAGGUAUUAGUACAGCGCUAUGAAUUAGCGCUUUACGUAUUCCUUGGUGUGCAAACAUAA